UUUAGGUUGUGGGAAAUAAUCUCCGGAGCUUCCAUCCUCCCCGCGUAAACAUUGCUUGAGGAGCAUCUGUCUGUGUUUCAGGGACUUCCUCGGUCUGUGGAGGCUCAAGGCGCACCCUCCUCUGUGAUGACGCACUGCGAGCGCACGCACAACAAGGCGAAACAUGGCGAGGCUGAGCGAGCAUGGGAUUCGUCUGAGUUCUAUGAGUCCCUCCUUCCUGAACAGCAACUCCACAAGUCACACCUGGCCGUUCAGCGCGGUGGCAGAACUGAUAGACAAUGCAUCAGACCCUGGCGUGUCUGCUAAGCAGAUAUGGAUAGAUGUCGUAGAUGAAGGUGAUCAGCGCUGUUUGACGUUCACCGACAAUGGCAGCGGCAUGACCCCAAACAAACUGCAUAAGAUGCUCAGCUUCGGUUUUACGGAAAAGGGCUCUGGUAAAAGCAGCCAGCAGGCCAUCGGCGUUUAUGGGAAUGGCUUCAAGUCCGGCUCCAUGCGUCUGGGCCGCGAUGCGCUCAUAUUCACCAAGAACGGCGGCUGUCAGUCAGUGGGAAUGCUCUCCCAGACCUACCUGCAUAACAUCAAAGCUCAGGCUGUCAUGGUUCCUAUUGUGCCUUUCAACCAACAAACCAAGUUGCUGGUUGUGACUGAAGACUCAACGGCCAGCCUGGCAGCCAUCCUGAAACACUCCAUCAUCAGCUCAGAGGAGCAGAUACACGCUCACUUUGACUCUAUUCACUCCAAAAAAGGAACCAAGAUCCUAAUCUGGAAUAUUCGCAGGGCUAAAGAUGGCAAAACAGAAAUCGAUUUUGAGACGGACCCAACGGACUUUCGUUUGCCCGAGAUUCAAACAGAAGAGAUAAAGAAGGGUCUGAGCAACAGCGGGUCCUUAAGACAUCACCAGAACAUCCCAGACAUGUAUUACAGCCUGCGGGCCUACCUCAGUAUUUUGUAUCUAAAGCCAAGGACUCAGGUGAUACUGAGGGGCAAGAAAAUUCAGGCAAGGCUGGUGUCGAAAAAGCUGAGCUACAUCGAACAUGACGUGUACAAACCCCAGUUUAGUAAAGAGAAGGUGAAGGUGACUUUUGGAAUAAACAGUAAAAACAAGGACCAUUAUGGCAUCAUGAUGUACCACAAGAAUCGACUCAUUAAGGCGUAUGAGAAAGUGGGCUACCAGCUUAAGGUCUCAGGGCAAAGAGCCGGGAUUGGGGUGAUUGGUGUCAUUGAGUGCAACUUUCUCAAGCCUGCUCAUAACAAGCAAGACUUUGAGUACACCAAGGAAUACAGACUUACUCUUGGAGCGUUGGGGCUGAAACUGAAUGACUACUGGAAGGAAGUGGCAGACAAGAAGGCUAGAGAGCGAGAGUUCCAGACUGCGGAGAAGGACGACGAGGAAAGCCAGCAAAGUGGAGACGAGGGUCCCAUGUGGCUACAGUGUGAAGAUUGUCUAAAGUGGAGAAGCAUCCCCGCAAACUAUUAUAAGGUCACUCCUGAAAGUUGGAACUGCAGUCAAAACCCAAAUCCACGCUACAGAAGCUGCUCAUCACCAGAGGAAGGAGAUGAGAGUGAGGAGCAGUUAACCCCCAGCUACCAGAAAACCCACAAGAAACUAGAGAACAGAAAACGUCAAAGGUCAUUUGAGGUUGAUCAGUCAGAAAAGCCGAAGCAGCUCAUUUUGUCGCACACUUCAGUCACUCCGGAGCAGCCCUUAUCUCCGUUCUCUGAAAUGUUAAGACUUGAGAACCAUCCUGAGGGGAAUGCGUCUGAAUGCCUUGAAACAGACUCCCUAGACCCGUUGGAUCAAAACGCAGAAAGGGACACUAAUAUUGAUGCGGUGACACAAAAGGAUAUGGACCUCCAGGACAAGUCUGCUAAAAAUCAUGCAGGAAUUAGAGACAAAAAUGAAGCCAUGCAAGCACAGAUACCUGAAGAUGAUCAGCCUCAGGACAAAGAGAGUGACACAAAGGAAGACAGACACAAAAAUAUAAGCCAGGAGAAGAACAAAAACAUUUUUAGCCGUAAAAAGAACCCUGAAUUGAGAUCCUAUAAUGUGAAAAAGAAGCAGUACCUUUUUGGACAAAAUGAGUUGAGCUCCGCAAAUGUCGAUGAGGAUUCACAUCACGGGAAGCAAACUAGUUCCCAAGUUGAAAUGGACGACAGCCACUCGGACAACUCGGGAGUACUGCAGCUAAACCCCACUAGCCCCAGUCACACUUGGACCCAAUCUCUCCAAACCACCCAGAUGGUAAUUGUGCCUCCGCUGAACAGAGGAGAUCAUCCCCUUCAGCCUCCAGAAGGGGGCGACCGGGAAGCUAAACUGCAGAGGCUUGCUACGAUGGAGAAAGAGGUCCUGAGGCUGCGUGGCGUUUUGGGGCUGGAGGUGGAAAGGACAACUCAAGGCACGAUGACAGCGGACGAUAAAACUGAAAAAGAGCAAGCGGCAAUCAGGGAGGUCGGCUGCCAGACUGAUCCACCUGAGUGUCCUUCAGUUGCUGAUCCAAAUUUGGGUGCAGUGCCUCAGGGGCUACUGGUCCCAGGUCAGAAAGCCGAGUCCAGGGAUCAGUUGGAGCAGAACAAAGUCAGGCGAGAGCGGGCUGACGGUCAGAGCAGGAUGAGAGGGAGUGACGGCGAGUCCUAUGAGGACAGCAGAUUAGCACAGCAGAAUCUGCACGACAUCCGCAACAACGUGGUGGUUCUUCUCACGGCGCUCCUGCCCCAGCUGGACCUAAACGGAAUCAGCCUGGAGACGGCCGAUGUGGACAACAUCCUGCAGCAGAUCAUCGAGGUCAACUCGCUGAAACUAUGAUCUGGAAGAAGUCUGUCCUUUGUUUUUCCUGUUCACAUGCAAAGUUUAAGAUAAAGGCACUAGCUGUACAAAAGCUUAUGCGCUCAUACCUCUUCUUCUAGAUUCACCUUUUCCCUGUUGAAUUUAAACGUUAGGCUUCUCUGUCUUUUAAAAUUAGGGUUUGAAAGCAUUACAUCAAAUCACCCACUAUAAUUAGGACAGGGGCCUCCAACCAGGGGCUCCGCGGCGGCUCUUUUAUCCCUGCACUGCAGCUCUGUGGCUUUGAAGAAAAAUGAUGAAGUUCUUUAGAAUUUCGAUUUAAAAGGAAAAUUGGAUUGUACACCAGUUUUGUAAUGUUUGUAUUUAUUAGUGAAAGGAGAAAAAGGAUAAAGGUAAACCAAGCUCAUCCUAAUCUGCUCAGUUGGAGGAUAAUAUUUGACAAGGGCAGCAUUUUGUUUUGAAAGGAACUUGCUGGCAAAAGUAAAAUAAGUUACAACUAUUCAAUAUAGGAAAAUAAAACACCUCUCAAAGUCACUUAUUGUAAACAUUUAAAGGCUUAAAAGCAGCUCUCGCUGGUUUUAGUUCAAUACAAACUGACCGAAACGGUUCUUUUAGUGUUUAAGGUUGCCCCUAAACUCCCUGGUAUGAUAACAAAAGACUUUAAAGUGAAACUAAAGGCCACAAAUUUAAAAGAGAGGCAUUGAAAUAAAAAAUCUAUUCUGUGCAAAACUAAAAGUAAUGCAGUUAAAUUGUAAUAUAUGUGUGUUAUCAAUCAGGGGUUUAAACCCAAAAUCUGUCAUUUUGAAGGAUAAAAUCCUUUGUAUAGAUAAUGUAUUUCUUUUUUAUUGGAUUUAAUUUUUUAUUUACAUUUUAAACAAUAUGUAUAGUUUGGGUUUUUGUCUUGUUUAAACAAUAUUUCUUUAAAGACUCUUGUGCACAUACUCGUCAUUUUAUGUGAAAAUAUGUCAUAAUUCCUCAGGCAUGUGAAAUAUCACUUGUAUGUUUCAUGCCUCUGUUUACUCUAAGUUUUCUAAUCCAUUGUUUAAAGUUUUGUGUUGAUGAGUGAUGAAAACUUUUUUAAACUUUUGUUUAUUCUGUGCAGUUUGGAAUAAAUGCUUAAACCACUGUUCCUUUUCAAAGCCUGCAGUACACUUUGUUGACCACAAGGUGGUAAUAAAGCCCAAUGAAGAAUG